UAUAACACCAUCUACCAAGCACGUGUACUACACGACCAAGUAACAUGCUGCCAAGGUGCUCCCCUCAAAAGCCAUCAAUUGCGCUUGGUAUUCCCCGUUAACAUGUUUGCUCAAUCUUAUAAUAUCCAGUUUUCCAUCUUCUCAUCUCAGAGUCUCGGAUAUAGAGAGGUACCCGAAACUCACCAUAAAAACGAUUCCGAAGCCCGAAACAAUUAAAAUCCAAAAUAGAACGGUCGCAAGGACACCAAGCGAGGACAGAGAAAGCAAGGGCAUAAAGCCACUUCAAAUAGAAGAAAGACAUGGAGCAAGAACAAGAAACACCACCACCAACUUCUCCAACAUCAACAAAACCACCUUUUCCUCCGCCGUCAUCAUACACGUUAUUUCUAAAAAUUAUGAGCAAAAGGAGAACAUGGGUAUUUCUAUUUGUGCUAGUUUAUGCCAUCAUUUUAGCUUCAUCAUGGAAUUCCCUUAAAUUAAUACUUUCUUGGUACAAGCGUCAAUCCCAACCAUCUUCUGCUUCUUCUUCUGGUUGGCCUGCCCUCUAUGCAUCUGUUCUUCUUGGUGCGCUAUUUGGGCUGCUUUCUAUGGUUGCAGCUCUGGCUGUGGCUGUGCCAGCCAUUUUGGUAACCUGGAUCACUGUUGUGGUUUUGCUUGCUUUCUUUGGGAAACGAAAGCGGACCUUGGUUCUUGAAGGAAGAAAGAUCACGAGAGAGAUCGCUGGCUUUGUGUUCAAGAUUUUGUUGAAGGAAGGGAAUCUUGUUGCUGCUGUUUGUGCCGUUUUGGGCUACUUUGCACUUGUCAGGAAGAAUUCUGCCUUGACAGGUUACACAGUUCAUCUCACUACCCUGGCCGGCGGGAAUUUAACCAUUCCAAUCAACAAUGUAAUUCAUCCAAACUAUGAGGAAGUGGUUCCAAGGAAAGAGACGCCGACCCUAAAAGACCCUACAAAGAAACCAAAAUUAAGAAUCAAAUUCAACAUCAAGUUUCCAACAAAGUCUGAAAAUAGAACAGCUAGAAAUCUGGGAUCAAGAAGAGUUGAGACGCACUGGAAAAAAUACUCUUAUGGAUACAACUACAAGGGGUGCACUUACUGUGAAUUCAUAAAAUAGACGGCUGUGUGAUCUUUUUACAUGUACAAGGUAGUAAUGCUGGUUGGUUCUUUUGAUUUAUUGCGUACAAGCGUCGCUUUUGGUGCCCUCCGUUAGAAUUGUUGUAAGACUAGCCAAUCUCUUCUGCACUCUGCUACUGGUUUCUGAUGCUGAAAACCCCACUCCCCAUCAGCAAACUUCUUACAUAUACUGCUCGACUCUUUGAGCCAGAAACAUAAAUUGUUAUCCUAAAUUGACGAGGUUAAUGGUGUA